AUGAAGGUGGACAUGGCACAGAGGCUCUGCCCGUGCCCUCCGGAUGUGGGGAUCGCGGUGCUGAUCCUGCUCCUCUGCUCAGGUGUUUAUGAGAUGUCCAGGAUCCUCUACUCGGAAAUAACAGUGCCAAGGAAGCUGCAGCCAAGGGAUGGGGCGCUCGAAAAGGAGGACAUGUCGUAUUUGAUAACAGCAGAAGGAAACCGCCACAUUGUCCACCUCGUGCAAACRAAAAAUUUGAUAGCCAAGGAUCUCCCGGUUUAUACUUACACUCAAGAGGGAGACCUGAUAACUGAAUAUCCAUACAUUCAGGAGGACUGCUACUACGAGGGCACAGUUGAAGACUCCCCGGGGUCCCUCGCCUACCUCAGCACGUGCUUCGGCAUCAGUGGUGUCUUGCAAAUUGGGGACUUGCUGUAUGAAAUCGAGCCCAUUGAAAACUCCUCUUCGUUCCAACAUCUCAUUUAUCGGAAGGCCCCAGAGAGCGACCCACCUCCUCUGUGCCAAGUGGCUGACAGCAGCGAAGUGCCUGGAGAUGAGCACCUUUCCACCGGGAGCCGCACGAUAUACUCUAUUGACGAAGUUUCCAGUCUGCACGAGCUGCAGGUGUCCAUCAAAUAUUUGGAACUGGUUCUUAUAACGAACAAGGAGCUGGCAACGCAUCCCAUUCUGGAGACAAUUGGUCAGCACUACAAGGAACUGGGAUACGCCUGGAAAGGGACCAUCUGUCAGAUGAACUCCAUGGGUGUCGUCUCGCUGCAGGCCAGCUCCUUGGUGACUUCAAGCUCUUGCUUUGCCUUCAGCAACUGCACCAUGGGAGAAUAUUAUGAUCAAGUAGUAACCAAGAAUCAACCAUGUCUUCUCAACAUACCAUCUCUGAAGCCAUUUCUUUCUGAUCACUGUGGCAACGGUGUCUUGGAAAAAGAGGAAGAAUGUGACUGUGGCAGGGAUGAGGUCUGCCUCCGCGAAGGUUGCUGCCUCUCCUCUACCUGCUUGCUUGCACAUGGGGCUGACUGCUAUAGAGGAAAGUGUUGUCACAAAUGCCAGUUCCAGCCAGCGGGGAAAUUAUGUAGGGACACCAGGAAUGCGUGCGACCUUCCCGAGUACUGUAACGGGACUUCUGCCUCCUGCCCCGCGGAUGUGUUCAAGCAAGACGGAACCCCGUGUGGUGACAACGACCGCUGCUACGAAGGGGACUGCCGCAACCACGAGAGGCAGUGCAAGGCUUUGUUUGGCAAAGCUGCCCACCGCGCUCCGCUGAGCUGCUUCAGGGAAGUGAAUGUUCGAGGCGACCGAUGUGGCAACUGYGGCUGGAACGGGACCUAUUACACUAAGUGUCUAGAAGAGAACAUCCUAUGUGGAAGAGUGCAGUGUGUUAACAUCAAAAGAAUCCCGGUGAGGAAGGACGGCGACACCGUGGUUCAGAGUACCGUGAACAACAUCUUAUGUUGGGGCCUGGAAUUUCACCACGCUCCAGACACCCCUGAUGAAGGAUCGGUGAAAGACGGCACCUCGUGUGGUAGAAACAAGGUAUGUUUGAACAGGACAUGUGUCAGCGCAAUGUAUCUCAACUAUGACUGUACGGAUAAAAAAUGCAGCGGCAGAGGGGUGUGCAACAAUAAGAGGAAUUGUCACUGUGAUUUUGGGUGGGCGCCUCCGGACUGCAAACUGGAAGGCUUUGGAGGCAGCAUUGACAGUGGGCCUCCUCCUUCUCUUCUCCUGGAAGGAGUUGCAAGGAAUUUGGGGAAAACCUUCGGAGCGCUUUUUUUAUUCUUCCUGCUUGCGGCUGUUUUGCUGUACAACAGGGCCAAGAUCUCGCGGAUGUUUCAAAGAUGUCGAYUUAGAAGAAAGAGACAAGACAGUAAAACUCCUCCGCGGAAGCAAGUAAGUGAUGCCCUUCCACUGUCAACUUAG